CAAAAAUUUUACCAGUAAGGAAAUAAACCCGGAACGUAAACAUCAUACCGCUGACUGUGUCAUUUCCGGUCAGGCUAUUUUCACAUUCAAUAAAAUGGCAACACCGAGCAGUGGCACUUCCCGGCGUUUAGUCCAGUAUGUGAUUGUCCGAUCAGACCUGAUACACACUUUAUCAUGGCCUUUAGGGGCGGUUAUAACUCAAGCCUGUCACGCGGCCACUGCUGCCAUUCAUUUACACUACAGUGACCCUGAUACGCAGGAAUACCUGGCAGAACUGGACAGCAUGCACAAAGUAGUGCUGCAGGCACCAGAUGAGGCAUCUCUCUCCACUCUUUCCAGUACGCUGCGUGAAAAAGACAUUGCACAUAAACUAUGGAUGGAGCAGCCAGAGAAUAUCCCCACAUGUUUGGCAUUGAAGCCCUACCCUAAAGAGACUGUGCAGCCAUUUCUAAAAAAGUUCAAGCUUUUCAAGUGAUUUCUGUAUGAACUGUGCAAUAUUCUGAAAUUAACUGUACUAUGUAAACACAAAAAAUGGUCAGAAUGGAAUUUGGCUGAAGGAACCAUCUAAAACAGCCUUAACAUCACAUCUUUGGUUACAUCCACAUUUUGUCUUGAUUUUUCUAUGUGGAAAAAGGCCACUCACUGAAGUUGUGUUAGUAAUGUAAAUUAUUUAAUAUCUAAAAUGAAAACUGAAUGUCUUUAUUCUGCAUUGUGAUCAGUUGGGUAAUAAAUGUAAUCAGUGUCGACAAUGGAAUCUGAAAUAAUCCCAAAUGUUUUGAAAUGUAUUGUAAGGGCUUCUGAAAUAUGUAUACUUUUACAAAUUAAUAGUUUAAACUAAGAGAGAAUUAUUAUUAUUAUUAUUUUAUUCAAGAACAAAAGAGCCUUACGAGCCGUUUGUAUUUUUGGGAAGAAAAAAUAACAUGGUGACCAAUAAAGUUCGAUUUUCUUGUUAAUGACUUACAGUACCGCUACUCCCUAUACACAGAAUACGCAGUUUGCGUAGGGCACCAUCCCAGUUGCUCAAAAAAAAAAAAAACUUUCGUUUAAUAUUAAUAUAUAUGUUCAUGUUUAGAUUUUUAUUUAUGUAUAUCAUUAUAAAAAAAUGCAUUUUACAGUGAACACAGUAGGCAGCAGGCUAAGCACACGUGACGCGCCAUUUCCGCAUCCGCGCUCGCGGACUGCAAAUGAUCAUAAUUGAUGGACAAGUAUACCCGAGAAAAGACACCAGCAAUCCAGCGCCAAGAAAAAAAACAAAAGAUGAAGCCCGUGCAUUACUUCCAGGUACUUUCUUAAUCUCGUGACACUUUUUUUUUUUUUUUGGCUGUUGACGUUAAUAACGUGAUUUAAUGUCGGCAGUAAUUUAACCACCAACAACGCAUCUAAUAUUCUCUCUUGAGUUUCCAUGUUACCUUACAAAAAUUAGCCAUGGUUUUACUACGAAUAAAACCAAAAAUCAUGGUCCUUGUAGCCAUGGUAACCACAAAUUAACCAUGGUUUUGUUACUUCAAAUAAUAGUUUACAAUUAUGAUAAUAUAUUUUUUUGUGUGUGGUUAUAAAAACAGACCUAAGCCAACAACAGCCUUUAAAAUGACUUAAAAAUGCAUUAUUUAAAAACAAUGAGGCAAUCAUUGUUAAUUAACAAUUAUAUGGUUUCAUUGAAUAACACUUGUUAAAAUACAUGAUGUAAUACAAAAUAAACAAUUUAUGUACAUUACAUCACAUGCCUGUAAAGGGCGCCAAAGGCCUGGUAAUUGCUGCUGUUACAGUUACAGGACGAUCAAAUCCUUGUGUAAUAAUGACCAAACAUUUAGGCUAAUUCAAAUAUCCACUUAAUCUUUCAUUUUUGGCCACCUUUUUGCGAUAGAAAUGCUACAGCCUCUAUAAUUUCUUCAACAAAAACAUGUUGACAUCACAACCCUUACAAAAAUUAACCAUGGUUUUAUCAUAGUAAAACUGCUUAAUUCUCUUUUGCGUGAUUUCUGAAUGCUUGAGACUUUAAAAUCAAUCAAACAACUGUAUUUAUAAAAUCGUAGCCAGCCAUAGGUAACUGUCUAGAGCUACAAUUGUAUUGUCAUUUGUAAAUAAUAUAAUUUAAUUACUAUUUAUUUAUUUAUUAACUUAUAGCUUUUAUUAAAGUUCUAUUUUAACCCCUAUAUGUUUUUUAUUAUUAUUAUUUUUACCUCCAUAAUAUUUGACGGAGGGGGCACAACAAUACAAUUCUGCUUGGGGCACCCAUUUGGCCAGCAGCGGCCCUGAUGAUUUAAUGAGCCGGUUCUUUUUAGUGAAUCAAGGUUACAUCGCGAUCAGUGAAGUUUGAUUCUCGAGGGAAUGAUUCUCAUGAGCCGGUUCUUUUCAAUGAAUCAUAAAGUUACAUCGUGACUAGUGAUGCUCGAUUAUCGAACGAAAUAGGCUUUCGAUUCUCGAGUGAAUGACUCUUAUGAGUGGGUUCGUUUUAGUGAAUUACAAACAAUCUCAAGUAAUAGGACUUAAUAAAUCAUUAAUAUCAGACUCUAUUAACUAAGAACCGAUAAGGCAUUAUGUUUUUCUUAAAAUUAGUGAGAACCCGAUUGAUUGUUCAUAUGACAAAGUAUAGUUAAAAAAAAAAAAAAAACACAUUAAGUUUUUUUGUACUGCAUUUUCAUGUAUUGUUUCAUCAAAACAAUAAUUAGUGCAACUGUUAAUUGAACAGUUUAAAUAGCUUACGUUUCCAUUCCCUAGAUAUAAAGAUGGCACUUGCAGUCCUUUUUUACAUGGUGCUUUAUUGCAAUGUGUUGCAUUCUCACAUUCAUGGAUGUUAUAGAGAUUUGUUAGUCAAAGCAUAAUUUCCUUCAAGGUAUGUAUCUUCACCUUGGAAAAGCAACAAAGGGGCCAUAUGCACGAGGUGUGAGUGAAUGUUUCUUGUUUGUCUGAGUGUAAGUGUAUGCAUGUGUGUGUGUGUGUUUAUGUAUGUGUGUAAACUUCAAAUCUCAGUUUUGAGCAGCCACAUAAUUCCAUGAAAUGGACAAGAAAAAUAAGACUGAUUCAGUAGAUGCGAAACACAGUUUUGCAGCCCGCAGGACAAUCCUGCAGGUGCUGGACCCAGCAUGUGACUGAUUGUCUACAACGUCCUAAGAAAGGUAGGAUUCUCCAGAUAAACCUGGAUAUAGAGAAAACAAAAAAACAAAAUAAAAACAUGACAAAACAUGCAGAAGUCUCCCAGAUACAUCUUCAUUCAUAAUGUCCCACACACAGCUGCAAUGAUACCUUUUAAGAAAAAAAAAUUCACAAGUAUUAUACAAAACUGGACAAAAUGAGUAAAAUGUAUAUAUCUAUAUAUAUUUGUUUAUUUAUAUUAAUUUUACAGGUGAAAAGUGGAACCUUGCCUUGAAGGAACGAGUGCCGCUUCAGUGGAGCUACAAACACAUGACUUCCCUUCACCAAUACAACUAAUAUCUGUAUAUUAAUAAGGCAGCACUUACAAUAUGCGAAAAAUCUCAGGUAAACAGUAGCUACUGUAGAUGAUACCAUGUAGAGAUGACAUCUGAAUGACAAGGAGAGUGUGUGGUGGUCGAAAUGUAGGAUUCACUACUAUGACUAUGAAAUGCAGAUUGUACGAGUUUGCAUAAAUGGUUCUUAGCACUUGGCACUGAGCGUGCGGGGCCUGAACUACGAUACAGACCGCGAUGAGCAGAAAGCAGAGGUCGAUGAGGAAUGUCUUCAAAAGAUAAAGCCAGGAGGUCUGAACGCGAGCGCGCUGGCUAACAGAACGGGGCAAAGGGGAGGUGGAGCACCUGAAGAAGAUAGGCAUAGUUAGAUCUACGGUUCUGCAGCAGAAAAAACACCCAUGUAGCAAAGGCUCCGCUACCCUGCUCUGUUAAGGGAUCCAAUGGUGAGGGCCUGACAAGCCAAGUUCUUCCUGAAGAACCUGAGACGCGUUUAGAUUUUUUUCCGAGGAAAGCGAAAUGGCAUUUCACUUUGCGAAAAUACAUUCAGGGGGUAUUUGUUUUUGUCUUCGUCUUUUUUUCUUUUUUUCCCGAACAUGAUGCUAUUGUCUGAUUUAAACAUGGCCUCUUUCCUUGUAAUUCAUGUAUAAAGUGCAAAACUAGAUUGUAUUCCUUGCAAGUUCCUGGUACAUUUAGCUUUUUAGUAAAAAACGUCAUGUAAAAUACAGCAAAAGUCUUACAAAGGUCAGUAUAAGAAAAUCCUCAUAAACAAGAAAACGUUCAUCAAACGGUGAGGAGCAGUCCUCUAUGCUGAAAAUAUGUACAAGAGGCACCUCAAAUUUGGUAUAAAGAAUCCAGCUAAAUAAAUUCAAAUAUCUAAGUAUAGUUGCAUCAGUAUGGUUUUCUCACUUUUAGCCCGAGUAGCUCAAAACCACUUGUUUCGAGCUACAAAUGAUGUAUAUCCUUGAGUUUAAAAACAAAAUAGAGGAAAAACAGGAGAUAUUUGUUAGCAUGCAUUUCUGGAAUACUGCAUUCAAAGCAAUAAUCCGUUUUGAGUGUCAGUUUUAAAACAAAAGCCAAAUGCUUUUUAUUUAACCUCUAAAGGUGCAUAGCUAGCGGUUAGAAAUCUGUCUUCCUGAAAACAGUGACUAAAGUUCCUCCCGAAGAGGCAUUUGCAUGUUUGGUAGAUCAGUAGCAACGGGGGAACAUCUGAAGAAAUUCGCUACUGAACGUCUUUGAAAAUAAUCAAACCAGCUAGGGAAAUAAUGUCCAAAAAGUAAAGACAAAAUGGUAGUGUUAUAUGGGACGCCUAUUCAGGAAAAACUCGAUGCUACAUUUGUCCAAUUGCAUGAACCUUGCAUAUGAUAUGGAUUUUUUAGUAUCUUGAAGCUUUGGUCAUAUUUCCGUUCUUGUCUUAAGAGCGUUUACACAUGGCAAAAACUACAUCAGGCAGUUGACAAAACCCCACUACAAUAAGCCGGUGCUGUUCCCAAACCAAGGUUCCACUUUGUCAGAGCUGUUUAAACUUUGACAACAGAGAAAUUAAAUAAUAUGGCCUUUUUUUUUUUUUAAAUUAACCCGUACAAAAGCCAGUCCAUGCUGCUUCUCCCUCAGCAAAGUCACAUUCAGCAGUCGCUAAACCAUUCUCACAUAUAGAGCAAUCUCAACACCCACAGGAAAAGUUGCAGGUAUUCCAAAAAAAUGAAAAAAAAAAAAAAAAAAAAAAGAGAAAGAAAAAAGAAAAUCAAAA